CUUCCCACUUACACACACACUCACUCACACUCCUCACGGCUGCUUCACCGCACGCUGUCCGGCUGCUUGGACAUUUCCGAGGAUAUUUAAGCGCUGCGGAACCCGGGACUAUAGUGUCGCCGGUGAACGUGCAUCUAUCCCGGGGCUGCCUAUUGGAAAUGCUCCCGGCGAGCAUCUGAAGGGUCUACAUACUUUUCCCGUCUUGGAUUCACAGAAAUCUUGAGCUGUAAGGAUCAGCAGACGUUCAACGCUCCGAUAAAUCUGGUGUAGCUGCAGUACCGGCUCUCACCACCUGCCAAGAUGGUGGUGCUGUCCCUGAAAAUAUGCGUUCGCCAGUGCAACGUCGUCAAGACGAUGCAGUUUGAGCCGUCCACGGCCGUCUACGAUGCCUGUCGGAUCAUCCGAGACAGAGUUCCCGAGGCCCAGACCGGACAAGCAUCAGACUACGGUCUGUUUCUUUCGGAUGAAGACCCCAGGAAAGGCAUCUGGCUUGAGUCGGGCAGGACCCUGGACUACUACAUGCUCCGGAAUGGGGACAUUCUGGAAUAUAAGAAGAAACAGCGGCCGCAGAAAAUCAAAAUGCUUGACGGAGCCGUGAAAACGAUCAUGGUGGAUGAUUCCAAAACAGUGGGGGAGCUGCUGGUCACUAUCUGCAGCAGGAUAGGCAUCACCAACUACGAGGAAUAUUCCCUGAUCCAGGAGUCAGUGGAAGAGAAGAAGGAGGAAGGGAUGGGAACGCUGAAGAAGGAUCGAACGCUGCUGCGGGAUGAGAGGAAGAUGGAGAAGCUGAAGGCCAAGCUGCACACAGAUGAUGAGCUGAACUGGCUGGACCACAGCAGGACCUUCAGAGAGCAAGGGGUGGAAGAAAGCGAGACCCUACUGCUGAGACGCAAGUUCUUCUACUCGGACCAGAACGUUGACUCCAGAGACCCAGUUCAGCUCAACCUCCUCUACGUCCAGGCUCGAGAUGACAUCCUGAAUGGCUCCCACCCUGUAUCCUUCGAUAAAGCCUGUGAGUUUGGAGGCAUCCAGGCCCAGAUCCAAUUUGGACCGCACAUGGAAAUUAAACACAAACCUGGAUUUCUGGACCUGAAGGAGUUCCUCCCUAAAGAAUACAUCAAACAAAGAGGGUCCGAAAAGAAAGUGUUCCAGGAGCAUAAAAACUGUGGUGACCUGACAGAAAUCGAAGCCAAAGUCAAGUACGUGAAGCUAGCAAGGUCUCUGCGGACGUAUGGUGUGUCGUUCUUCCUUGUCAAGGAGAAGAUGAAGAGUAAAAACAAACUUGUGCCUCGACUGCUGGGCAUCACCAAAGAGUCGGUGAUGAGAGUGGACGAGAGGACCAAGGACGUGGUUCAAGAGUGGCCACUGACCACAGUCAAGAGGUGGGCCGCCUCGCCCAAGAGCUUCACGCUGGACUUUGGGGAGUACCAGGAGAGCUACUACUCCGUCCAGACCACUGAAGGCGAGCAGAUCUCCCAGCUUAUCGCCGGGUACAUCGACAUUAUUCUGAAAAAGAAACAAAGCAAGGACCGAUUUGGACUAGAAGGUGAUGAAGAGUCAACGAUGCUUGAGGAAUCAGUCUCUCCAAAAAAAUCCACCAUCCUGCAGCAGCAGUUCAACCGUGUGGGCAGAGUGGAGCACGGCUCCGUGGCGCUGCCAGGAGUAAUCCGAUCUGGCUCCAUCGGCACAGAGUCGCUCAGCAUGGGCACCAUGCCGUCCCCGCAGCAGCAGAUCACAAUGGGCCAGAUGCACCGUGGACACAUGCCCCCGCUGAGUUCGGCCCAGCAGGCUCUGAUGGGAACCAUCAACACCAGCAUGCAGGCUGUGCAGAAAGCCCAGAUUGACUUGGGGGAGGUGGACAACCUUCCUCCUCUGGGACAGGACAUGGCAUCCAAGGUUUGGAUCCAGAACAAAAUGGAUGAGUCCAAACACGAGAUUCACUCACAGGUGGACGCCAUUACUGCGGGCACAGCGUCUGUUGUCAACCUCACAGCUGGCGACCCCACGGACACAGACUACACGGCGGUGGGCUGCGCCAUCACCACCAUCUCUUCCAACCUGACCGAGAUGUCCAAGGGGGUGAAGCUGCUGGCGGCGCUGAUGGAGGAUGAGGUGGGAGGUGGUACCGACCUGAUGAAGGCUGCCCGGACUCUGGCCGGCGCCGUGUCCGACCUGCUGAAGGCCGUGGAGCCGGCCUCUGGCGAGCCCCGGCAGACGGUGCUGACUGCAGCAGGCAGCAUCGGCCAGGCCAGCGGAGACCUCCUGCGCCAGAUUGGAGAGAAUGAGACUGACGAGAGGUUCCAGGACGUGCUGAUGAACCUGGCCAAAGCCGUGGCCAACGCCGCCGCCAUGCUGGUGCUGAAGGCCAAGAAUGUGGCUCAGGUUGCAGAAGACACGGUUCUUCAAAACAGAGUCAUCGCCGCUGCAACCCAGUGUGCCCUGUCCACCUCCCAGCUGGUGGCCUGUGCCAAGGUGGUGAGUCCCACCAUCAGUUCUCCAGUCUGUCAAGAGCAGCUGAUCGAAGCUGGGAAACUGGUGGAUCGGUCUGUGGAGAGCUGCGUCCAGGCCUGCCUGUCGGCCACAGAGGACGGAGAUCUGCUCAAGCAGGUGAGUGCCGCGGCUGGCGUGGUCAGUCAGGCACUGGGGGACCUGCUGCAACAUGUGCGCCAGUACACAUCCAGAGGAGAGCCGAUCGGCCGCUACGACCAGGCCACUGACACCAUCAUGACCGUGACCGAGAGCAUCUUCAGCUCCAUGGGUGAUGCAGGUGAAAUGGUCCGCCAGGCUCGGGUCCUGGCUCAGGCCACCUCUGACUUGGUGAACGCCAUGAGGUCCGACGCUGAAGCUGAGGUGGAUGUGGACAACUCAAAGAAGCUGCUGGCGGCUGCCAAGUUGCUGGCUGACGCCACUGCCAGGAUGGUAGAGGCUGCGAAGGGUGCUGCAGCAUAUCCAGAGAACGAGGACCAGCAGCAGAGACUCAGAGAAGCUGCAGAAGGACUGCGGGUGGCCACGAACGCGGCGGCUCAGAACGCCAUCAAGAAGAAACUGAUCAACAGAUUGGAGAAUGCUGCUAAACAAGGAGCGGCUGCCGCCACUCAGACCAUCGCCGCUGCUCAAAAUGCGGCAGCGUCCAACAAGAACACUGCUGCUCACCAGCAGCUGGUCCAGAGCUGCAAGGCGGUGGCGGACCACAUCCCCCAGCUGGUGCAGGGUGUCCGAGGCAGUCAAGCCAAACCUGAAGACCUCAGCGCUCAGCUGGCUCUGAUCAUCGCCAGUCAGAACUUCCUCCAGCCGGGCAGCAAGAUGGUGACCUCUGCCAAGUCAUCCGUUCCCACGGUGACGGAUCAGGCCGCAGCAAUGCAACUGGGUCAGUGUGCCAAAAACCUGGCCACCUGCCUGGCCGAGCUGCGGACGGCUGCGCAAAAGGCUCAUGAGGCGUGUGGACCCAUGGAGAUCGACUCGGCGCUCACCGCCAUCGAGACCCUGAGGAGUGAGCUGCAGGACGCCAAGAUGUCAUCCGCUAGUGGCCAGCUGAAGCCUCUCCCUGGAGAGUCGUUGGAGAAAUGUGCCCAGGACCUGGGCAGCACCUCCAAAUCGGUCGGGUCGUCGAUGGCACAGCUCCUGACAUGUGCAGCUCAGGGAAAUGAACACUACACAGGAAUAGCAGCAAGAGAGACCGCACAGGCUCUGAAAACACUGGCCCAGGCAGCCCGCGGCGUCGCCGCCUCCACCACUGACCCCAACUCUGCGGCCGCCAUGCUGGAUUCGGCGUGUGAUGUCAUGGAAGGGUCGGCUCUGCUCAUUCACGAGGCCAAAGAGGCGCUGGUGUCUUCCGGAGACGCUGAGAGUCAGCAGAGGCUGGCUCAGGUGGCCAAGGCUGUGUCUCACUCCCUCAACAACUGUGUCAACUGCCUGCCUGGUCAGAAGGACGUCGACUUGGCUCUGAAGAGCAUUGGGGAAGCCAGCAAGAAGCUGCUGAUCGAAACGAUCCCACCAGCGUCCAAGUCAUUCCAGGAGGCCCAGAGUGAGCUGAACCAGACAGCUGCAGACCUGAACCAGUCUGCCGGCGAGGUGGUGCACGCCUCCAGAGGCUCCAGCAGCCAGCUGGCUGUGGCUUCUGGGAAGUUCAGCCAGGACUUUGAUGAAUUCCUUGAUGCUGGUAUCGAGAUGGCGGGACACACACAGGAGAAGGACGACCAGGUCCAAGUGAUCGGUAACCUGAAGAACAUCUCCAUGGCUUCCAGUAAGCUGCUUCUGGCUGCUAAGAGUCUCUCUGUGGAUCCUGCUGCCGCGAACGCCAAGAACCUUUUGGCUGCAGCUGCAAGAGCGGUGACCGACAGCAUCAACCAGCUGAUCACACUGUGUACACAACAGGCUCCGGGCCAGAAGGAGUGUGACAACGCUCUGCGGGAGCUGGAGGCGGUGAGAGGGAUGCUGGACAAUCCAAACGAGCCAGUCAGUGACCUCUCUUACUUCGACUGCAUUGAGAGCGUGAUGGAGAAUUCAAAGGUCCUGGGGGAGUCGAUGGCGGGGAUUUCUCAGAACUGUAAGAUGGGAGACGUGUCCUCUUUUGGAGACUGUGUGGGGUCAGCGUCCAAAGCUCUUUGUGGCCUCACUGAAGCUGCCGGGCAGGCGUCCUACCUGGUGGGUGUUUCUGAUCCCAACAGUCAGGCUGGACAACAGGGUCUGGUGGAUCCUAUCCAGUUUGCAAAGGCAAACCAGGCGAUUCAGAUGGCCUGUCAGAACUUGGUGGAUCCAGACAGCAGCCCCUCACAGGUUCUCUCCGCAGCUACCAUUGUUGCGAAACACACCUCGGCGCUCUGCAAUGCCUGUCGCCUGGCUUCCUCCAAAACUGCAGACCCGGUUGCCAAAAGACACUUCGUUCAGUCGGCCAAAGAGGUGGCCAACAGCACCGCCAAUCUGGUCAAAACCAUCAAGGCUCUGGAUGGAGAUUUCUCUGAAGAGAACAGGAACCGCUGUCGUGUCGCCACAGCACCGUUGAUUAAAGCCGUGGAAAACCUCAACACGUUUGCCUCCAACCCGCAGUUUGCCAGCAUUCCGGCUCAGAUCAGCAACGAGGGUUCCGCCGCCCAGGAGCCCAUUCUGCAGUCGGCCCGCUCCAUGCUCGACAGCUCCACCUGCCUGCUGCAGACGGCACGCUCGCUGGUCAUCAACCCCAAGGAUCCGCCCACCUGGUCGGUGCUUGCCGGACACUCCCGCACCGUCUCGGACUCUAUUAAGAGCUUAAUCACUGCCAUCAGGGACAAAGCCCCGGGCCAGAGAGAGUGCGACUCGUCCAUCGAUAACAUCAACAAAUGCAUCCGUGACAUUGAGCAGGCGUCUCUGGCAGCAGUCAGCCAGAGUCUGCCCAGCAGGGACGACAUCUCUCUGGAGGCUCUGCAGGAGCAGCUGACUUCCACCGUGCAGGAAAUUGGACACCUAAUUGACCCCGUUUCCAUCGCAGCCAGAGGCGAGGCUUCCCAACUGGGACACAAGGUGACUCAGUUGGCUGGUUACUUUGAGCCGCUCAUUAAGGCUUCAGUGGGCGUGGCCUCUAAGUUGAGGGACCACCAGCAGCAGAUGACCUUCCUGGAUCAGACCAAGACCUUGGCCGAGUCGGCGCUCCAGAUGCUCUAUGCUGCCAAAGAGGGUGGAGGCAACCCUAAGGCGUGUCACACUCAUGAUGCUAUCGCGGAGGCAUCCCAGCUGAUGAAGGAGGCGGUGGAUGACAUCAUGGUAACUCUCAAUGAGGCUGCCAGUGAAGUGGGCCUGGUGUCGGGCAUGGUGGACUCCAUCGCCGAAGCCAUGGCCAAGCUGGAUGAAGGGACGCCGCUCGAACCGGAGGGCUCCUUCGUGGACUACCAGACCAGCAUGGUGAAGUACUCCAAGGCCAUCGCUGUCACCGCUCAGGAGAUGAUGACCAAAUCAGUGACGUGUCCAGACGAGCUCGGGGCUCUGGCCUCCCAGGUGACAGUAGACUACGGUCAGCUGGCUGUUCAGGGACGACUGGCCGCUCACACGGCUGAGCCGGAGGAGGUCGGUUUCCAGAUCAAGACCCGCGUCCAGGACCUGGGUCACGGCUGUAUCUACCUGGUCCAGAAGGCCGGCUCGUUGCAGAUAACUCCAUCAGACAGCUACACCAAGCGAGAGCUGAUCGACUGUGCGAGAACCGUCACAGAGAAGGUGUCCCUGGUGCUCUCGGCCCUCCAGGCUGGUAACAAAGGCACACAGGCCUGCAUCACUGCCGCUAGCGCCGUCUCCGGAAUCAUCGCCGAUCUCGACACCACCAUCAUGUUCGCCUCUGCGGGAACGCUGAACACCGAGCACGAGGAGUCCUUCGCUGACCACAGGGAAAACAUUCUGAAGACUGCAAAAGCUCUGGUGGAGGACACCAAGAUGUUGGUGUCGGGCGCCGCUUCCGGUCAGGAGCGUCUGGCCCAGGCCGCUCAGUCUUCAGCCAAAACCAUCACUCAGCUUACUGAUGUGGUCAAACUGGGAGCAGCUAGCAUCGGCUCCGAUGACCCGGAGACUCAGGUGGUUCUCAUAAACGCCGUCAAAGACGUGGCCAAGGCGCUGGCCGAGCUCAUCAGUGCCACCAAGUGUGCUGCUGGCAAGGCGGCGGAGGAUCCGUCCAUGUACCAGCUGAAGAGCGCCGCCAAGGUGAUGGUGACAAACGUGACAUCAUUGCUGAAGACAGUGAAGGCUGUGGAGGACGAGGCCACACGAGGCACCAGAGCUCUAGAGGCCACCAUCGAGUGCAUCAAACAAGAGCUGGUGCUGUUCCAGUCCAGGGACACCCCUGACAAGACCACCACCCCUGAAGAGUUCAUCCGCAUGACCAAGGGCAUCACCAUGGCAACAGCUAAGGCGGUGGCUGCCGGCAACUCUGCUCGCCAAGAAGACAUCAUCCACACGGCCAACCUGAGCCGCAAGGCCAUUUCUGACAUGCUGAUCACCUGCAAGCAAGCGGCGUAUCAUCCAGAGGUCAACGAGGAGGUGAAGAACCGAGCGCUGGCGUACGGCUCCGAGUGCACCACUGGAUACAUCGAUCUGCUGGAGCAGGUUCUCAUGGUUCUGCAGAAGCCCAAUGCGGAGCAGAAGCAGAUGCUGGCAGUUUGUUCUAAACGAGUAGCAGGAGCUGUCACCGAACUGAUCCAGACUGCUGAGGCCAUGAAAGGUUCUGAGUGGGUGGACCCCGAGGACCCCACGGUGAUCGCUGAGACGGAGCUGCUGGGAGCGGCAGCUUCUAUCGAGGCGGCGGCCAAGAAGCUGGAGCAGCUCAAGCCACGGGCCAAACCCAAGCUCGCGGAUGAGACCCUGAACUUCGAGGAACAGAUUCUAGAAGCCGCCAAGUCCAUCGCAGCCGCCACCAGCGCGUUGGUCAAGUCAGCGUCGGCGGCCCAGAGAGAGCUGGUGGCGCAGGGCAAAGUGGGCUCCAUCCCUGCCAAUGCCGUGGACGACGGCCAGUGGUCACAAGGCCUCAUCUCAGCGGCUCGAAUGGUCGCCGCGGCAACCAGCAACUUGUGCGAGGCAGCGAAUGCCUCAGUGCAGGGCCACGCCAGCGAGGAGAAGCUCAUCUCUUCAGCCAAGCAGGUGGCAGCGUCCACCGCGCAGCUGCUGGUGGCCUGUAAGGUGAAGGCGGACCAGGACUCCGAGGCCAUGAGGAGGCUGCAGAUCGCAGGGAACGCUGUGAAGAAGGCUUCGGACAACCUGGUGCGAGCGGCUCAGAAAGCUGCCUUCGACAAAGCGGACGAGGACAACGUGGUGGUGAAGACCAAGUUCGUGGGCGGAAUCGCACAGAUCAUCGCGGCUCAGGAGGAGAUGCUGAGGAAGGAGCGGGAGCUGGAGGAGGCCCGGAAGAAGCUGGCUCAGAUCCGGCAGCAGCAGUACAAGUUCCUGCCCAGCGAGCUGCGUGAGGACCACAACUAGACCAGGCCUCAGAAAAGCUCUUGAACCUUCAGCUGCGGGACACGGCCAGACGAGGAGCACAACUCUGCUGGAGGAGAUCCACGUCCUGCUGGGACGUUUGGGAGUGACUCAGUCACUACCCAACAUGACUGUGUACAAUUAACCCACUACCACUGAUCUGUCACCGAAUGUGAACUGCUCUGAAGAUGAUUGUUCCUGGUUUAUUUCUGCUCAGUCCAGAUGAAUGUGUUCCGCCUGGCGACUGCAUGAAGGUCUGCAACCACAACGUGAAGUUCCCCCGACAUGAGGAACCACGUCUAAUCCCUCGUGACUCCAUCAUUCAUCUCUUCUUUAAAACAGUGGGCUCAACUGAAGCACUGAGAGGGCCACAGCUCAGAUCUUGAAGCGGACCUUAGAGGUCUGAACACCUGAGACCAACUUGCCUUCUUCUGGUCAAGUUUGAGGAGUCCCCUUGAAGUCCAGCUGCUGGAACCAAGAUCUUUCUCAAAGUGCCGUGGUCCUCUCAUUGUCAUUUCCUGAAGAUGCCGCUGGACCCUCAAACCCAGUGCACUUUGGGAAGCCCUGUUAAGAACUUGGAGAACUCAGAUCCACCGAUGGAAGCCUGUAUGGAUGUGGUCUUGGGAGCUGUUGGUAAAGACCCGUUGGCCUUCAAACUGCUCCAUCUUUCUGCUCAGUUCAAGCACAAAAACUGCUUCAAAAUACUGCUACAUUUGGAAUGGAGAUGUUCUUGCUACCUCCAUGUGAAGGUCAGAGCAGAUUCACCUGAAAUGUUGUUUGGAUUUUACAGUUUCUAUUCAUCAAAUGACCAUGCAGAGAAUCUCACCACAUGAAUGUCAUCUACAAGCAACAGCACAAACUUUUUCCAAACAGAAGGACCUUAGUGACCCCCCCGACUUGGAGCCCUAAAACUGAUGUGCAAUCAUGGAGACCGUGCUCUAGACUUGUUGUUCCUGAUGCUGAGUCAAAGUACCGUUGUUCAUUUACAGCUAAGGUUGGAUUAUAAAGGAAACGCAAUAACGUUCGGGUCCCUGAAUGCAACACGGUGCCACUCCAAUAACCGAAUUUGACGAUUGUAGUGUGUUUUGUCUUACCGUCAACUAUCUAACAAGCCUGCAGUGUAAACGCAUGUGCUUCAGACGCAGCGCCCUUUAUACCGGAACAUUGGUGUGUGUGUGUGUGCUUGUGUGUGUGUGAGGAAGGUCCACUGCUCUUCAGUCACGUCUGUAGUGUUCUAUUCUUAUUAUUAGUGCCUUAGUCUGUAGCCCAUUCUGUCUGCUCUGCUUUACUUCACCUCACCAGCCGGUAGAUGGCGCUGGACUUCUAGGUAGAGAGCUUUUCUGUUCACCAACGAGCUGACAUCCUUGGAGGUUCUUUUUAAAAAGCCAUUUUCUCCUACUGUCAAAGUUUAAUGUGACAUUUUAAAGAUGUGAAGUAAUCAGAAGUAUAAUAAUAUUGACGAAGGGUGGACGAUAACGACGAGAGAUGAUUGAAAAGAUAUUUAUCUGGCCUCAAUAAAGAUAUUUUUUUGUAUUCACUGAAAGUUUGUGUCCUGAUUUAAGUGAGGAGGGGUUUGGAGUCUGGUCAUCUGCGCGUGGGUCCAAUAGUUUUAAAUGGCUGUAGAGGUUUGCUUUCAGCCUUUUGACUCGGAACCAGUUGUUGACGGACUGUUGCGACUCGCACUGAAUAUGUCCAUUUAAUUUAAGACAUACCUCACAAAGCAGACGUCAUGCAUGCACAUUGAUUAAAAAUACCUCAAAUGGGAGAAGAGUAAAGUAACUAAAAAUCAUUCUUAAAUCAAUAAAGUUGGUUGAACCGAAUCUCCAAGGCAGACCAGGGCAAAGUGCGGCCUCGAUGCCUGUAUUUUCUGUGCCCUUUUGACAUCAGACUAAAACUUGUAAUUUUUCUGCUUUUUUUUUUCUUCUUCUUUUAGUCAUUGCCACGACUUGUUCUUGUUUGAAGACUAUAAUUUUCCACGGGU